CAGGGAAUCCCGAAAUAUUCUGUUUAGAAACCCACGUUCCAUUCUCUUUUCAGUAAUUGAGUGUACGAGUCGAAGUGUGGAAGUAUAUAAGUGUCGAAUUAACGAUUUUACGAAUGUUUUGAAACCGAGUAACCCUUUCGAAAUAGUGUUUAACCCCUUUAUAAAUUAUACGCGCGUUUACGAACCUUUAUAAACUUAAUUAAAACACAGUGACGAUCUCGUAUUUCUGUAGCCAUAUUGAAUAGUUCGAAAAUGUCUAAACAACACGAUUUUGCAGAUGCUUCGGCUAGCGACGACAAGAAAGACUUUUAUGAAUCGUCGAGAACCGACAGCGGAUUCAUAUCUGGGGAAUUAUCUGAGGAAAUAUCCGAGGAAAUCAUCGAUUCUGGCGUAAUCGAGGAUCACAAAAAACAUAACAUCACCGAUACCAUUCCCGAAGAAGAAGACGAAAAAAAGGCCGUGCCAAUGUUGCUGGACAGCGGCGUGUGUUUGACGGAGAGUUUUUCCAAAAUCAGCAUCAAAGAAAAACAAGCAGGUUUAAAUGACCUAAAUAAUCCGAGGAAUAAACCCCAGCCACUUGUUGAUUCUAUCAAACCCAACAAAAACAAGGCUUCAGAUGAUAUUCCGUGGAGGGCUUAUUACGAACAAGAUGAAGAAGGAGAUACACAUCUCCACAUGGCCAUAGCCCACGGUUUCCUCGAAGUGGCCCUAGCGCUGAUCCGCGCGGUACCCCAUCCCAAGCUUUUGGACAUCCCCAACGAUGACAACCAAACGCCGCUACAUCUAGCGGUGGAAACGGGUCAGUGGAAGAUCGCGAGAUGGCUGCGAGUGGCGGGAGCGAAACCUUGUCCCAGGGGACCCCAAGGAGAUUCGCCGCUUCAUAUAGCUGCUAGAAGGAACGAUCCCAGGUCGGUCAAAGCUAUCGUGGAACCGUUUCACGAGCAAGAACGGGAUCAAUUGGGACUCAGCUAUCAAGGAAACGUGCAUCAGUCGUGCGAUUUUGACCAGUGGAACUUUUUGGGUCAAACGUGCGUGCACGUGGCUGCUAUGCACGGCCACCUCGACGUCCUGAAACAGCUGAUCUGGUACGGAGCCGACGUCAACGCCAGAGAGGGCUGCAUGGGGUACACGGCCCUACAUUUCGCCACCCAAAUCGGCAACGAAGAAAUCGUACAAUUUUUGCUCGAUUGCAAAAACAUAGACGUCGAUUGCUUGGCGUACAACGGCAAAGACGCGUUAGAAAUCAACCGCAUAGUCUCGACGAAAAUAAGGCAAGCUUUGAGGAACCGGGGACUACCAUCGCCGUAUUCCAGCGAAGACGAAGAGUUCGAUUCCGAUUCGGGCGAUGAGAUGGUAUACGAAACGGCCCACAUGUUCAGCGCGCAGAUGGUGAACGCGUCUGCUUAAAUCUGAACGAGUAAAAAAUGGCGAGAAAACUUCUUGCGUGAAACCGCCAAAACAAGAAAGAAGACAAGACGGAACGGAUUUGCCAAAAAUAUUUUGAAUAAAACAAAACCAUACUGUGAUGAUUAGUUUUACAUAAAACUACGAAUUCAUGGCGUUAUUUAAGACAAAAAAACGGGGAAAACGUCUCGAAAUGUUUUCAUUUUUUCGACCACUUUUGAAGUAUUUCGGGUCCAACCCUUCCCUGUAUAUACGAAGGCAGAUUGUUAAUUAACAGGAAUUAAAUUUCGCUACUUAGGAUGGAAACGGAAACAAGACUGUAUAUAAAAAUAAUUAUAAUUCAAUAAUUUAAUUUUUUUUCAUUGGCUUCCAUCGUUUGUAGAGGAAAUGUCGUGUUUCGUGAAUUUUUUCACGACCCCCUCGAGAGCCACUGGCACUUCAAUGACAGCAUUCUCUCGAUAAAACAGUCUAAUUGAUAAUGACAGAUGACGUAGCACGUUAGUUUUCAAAAAGAAACUUCAAUUAUAGUGACAAAUGACGUUUAGUGUCAGUUUUGCGACAGUAUCUCAUUGACAGAUGACGUUUUUGAGGUGUCAAACUCUCGUUUUAGAUGUAACGUAACUUUUAGUGGAGAAUGUUUUUAAAUUGACACAAAGACUAAUGAACAGAGUGAAUAAUAAUGUGUUCUCGUCUUAAUUUAAUUGUACAUUUAUAUUUUUUUCAUCAGCUAAAUUUGAUUUUUUUUUGUUAUGUUAAAUAUUUAUUUUUAAUAAGAAUUUUUCGUUACUCGAUUAGUUUAAGCAUCUCUUUUUCAUUUUGUAAAUAGUAGGUAAUUCAGUUACUUUCAGUCAUUUAAAAAAAUAUAUAAUUUAUUUUG